AUGUUAGCAGCAACCCUCGCAAUAACAAACGCCUCCUGGGCCUUCCCUCCUGUAAGCCCUGCACUGCAGAAGCAGCAGCAACAGCAGCAGCAGCGGAGGCCCCCCGUUUACGCUGCUUGGAUUUCUACUGCUGCGUCGCCGGCGCGUUUGAGUAGUAGCAGCAGCAGCAGCAGCAGUCGCCUAUGCAGCAGCAGCACCAGACCUGCGCGCAGCAGCAGCAGCAGCAGCAGCAGCAGCAGGCCACUGCAAUCUUCUUCUCGUUUAUUUUGUGUCUCUUUUGACAGAGAAGAGGAGGAGACACUCGAAGCCCUAUCCAACAAACUGCAGCAGCAGCUGCAACUCCAGCAGCUGCAGCAGCAACUGCAGCAGCAGCAGCAACUGCAGCAGCAAGUGUCUCCCUUGCCUUCGCCACCCGAUACCGCCUCUGCUAUUCUGCAGCGCAAUUUGCUGCUGCUAUCACAGCCCUUGUCUGCUGCUGCUGCGCAGCUGCUAACCGCUCAGCUGCUGCAGCUGGGGGCCUCCGGGGCCCCUGCAGCUACUUUGUACAUUAACUCUCCCGGCUACAGCCCCGACGGGCAAGGGGGAGUGCACGGAGGCGACUUAGAGUGGCUCUCUGCUGCUGCUCUGCUGCUGCAGCAUCAGGCUGCUGCUGCUGCUGCUACACACAGCAGCAGCAGCAGCAAUGCAGCAGCAAAUCAGCAGCAGCAGCAGCAGCAGCCUCUCACUGUAACUACGAUAGCCCUGGGGCAUGCGGGGGGCCCUGCUGCGCUGCUGCUUGCAUGCGGAGCAGCAGGGAGACGCUUCGCAACUCAAAAUACUUGGUUGAGUUUAAAGGCCCCACCUCUCUGCUGCAGCGGCACACCAAAAGAAAUUGCAUGCAGAGCGGAGGCAGCGCGCAGUGACCGCGAGCUGUACAUACACCUGCUGCUGCAAGCCACACAGCAGCAGCAGGAGCAGCAGGAGCAGCAACAGCAGCAGCAGCAGCGGGAGAAGCGAAUAAGGGGGCUGGUGCUGCAAGGAGGGAUUAUCGAUGCUGCUGAAGCGAAGGCCCUGAAGUUAAUCGAUCAGGUAUUAUCCUAUUAG